AUGGAAAGUACGAAUAAUCAUCAAUUUAUCGCAUUUUCUCCAAUUGUAGUCCAUCAAUAUCGACGAAGAUCAAUUCCUACAAUUAUUACUGAUGAUCAUAUAAAUGGCAUAUUGGAGAAGCUUGGUUCAUCAAAACAAGACCUGACAACAGAACAAUUAUCUACAUUUACUUCUACAACAGAAACAUCAUCAAGAUUAUUUACAAUAGAAACAUCUACAUCGACAAAUCAAACAUCUUCUGUUUCUCUAUUUCAAACAAAACGUUUACCUAUUGAUCCCGAUGUUGUUGCACCUGAUGGUUCACUCGUUCGUAAUUUAUUAACAACAAUUGGUGGUAGUAUGGCACAAUUUGAUCUUCCACCUGGUAUGACAUCGAAUGCUGUUGAACAUCGAACUGUUUACGAAAUAUGGUAUUUCCUAUCUGGUCAAGGUGAAUUUUGGCGGAAACAGAAAGAAAUAGAAGAAAUUGUUACAGUCGAUACUAAUGUAUGUAUAACCAUACCAGUUGGUACUCAAUUUCAAUUUCGUACAAUUGGACGAAAACCUCUCAUAGCAGUGGCAAUUACAAUGCCGCCAUGGCCUGGAGAAAAUGAAGCUAUGCCGAGAAAAGGUAUUUGGAAUGCAACUUUUAUUGGACUUCCGAACUCAUCAACAAAAUUGCUGAAUUCAAUCUAUCUGUGGAUGAUUAUCCUCACUUUACAAAUAGCAAAAACACUAUAA